CUCAGUCUGUCUGCUGACAGAACACAGACAGCAUGAAGCUGUGUGUCCUCCUACUGCUCGCUUUGAGCGCCAGGGUCUUCACUGAAGAUGAGUCCUGUCUGGACCGAUGUCAAAAUGGCUUUGAGUCUCAGAGGAAGUGCCAGUGUGACUCCAUGUGCAAGUAUUACAAAAGCUGCUGCUCUGACUAUGAGGCCGUCUGUGGCAUGACAACUCGUGGCGACACGUUUGUGUUUGCAGAAGAUGAUGAUGAUGACUUGCUUGAAACCACUACUCCAUCUCCUGAAGGUCCCGCAGUAGUUGCAUACACCCAGCCUCCUGUCCCAGACUUCAACCAUAGACUGCUUCGACCUUUAGAGACCAAUCUCAAAAUGACAAAACCUCCACGACUUGUAAAUCAAAGAGUGACCCCCAAAAGUGAGCUAGCCACCACAACUGAAGCUACUCCAACUCCUUCAACCACCACCGCUGUUCCCAUCACCACAACACCACCUGACCCAGAUGCUGAGGUCUGUAGUGGGAGGCCUUUUGACUCCUUCAUGCAGCUUAAAAACGGCUCCAUCUACGCCUUCAGAGGGGAGUACUUCUUUGAGCUGGACCAGAAGUCAGUUCUUCCCGGUUAUCCAAAACUGAUAAGAGAUGUGUGGGGCAUCAGCGGGCCAAUUGAUGCUGCAUUCACCCGCAUCAACUGUCAGGGGAAGACCUACAUCCUUAAGGGAAACAAGUACUGGAGGUUUGACGACGGCAUGCUGGAAGAUGACUAUCCACGGGACAUCAGUGUUGGUUUUGACAAGAUUCCUGAUCACGUGGAUGCAGCUUUUGCCCUUCCUGCUCACAGCCACCAUGGAAAAGAGAAGGUUUACUUUUUCAAAGGUGACCAGUACUACGUGUAUGAGUUUUUGCACCAACCCUCCCAUGAGGAGUGUGCAGACAUGUCUGAGAGGUCUCCUUCCACACUGUUCAGGCGCUACACAGAUCUGUACUACAGCAACAAUGAGCGUUUCUUCAGCGAACUCUUCUCUGACUUGCCUCAGCAUCAUGACAAGCAUCACUUCAUCAAUAAAGACUGGAAAGGCCUCAAGUCUCCAGUGGAUGCUGCCAUGGCCGGCAGGAUCUACGUCGCUCCUUGGAGGUCAUCCUCCCGGCCUGACCAGCAGUGGGGUCUUCGGUGGGACCAGCAGUACCAGCAGAAUAGACAACUGAGAGGUCAGAGGCGGAGGAACCGGUCUCCCUCCUGGGGGUCCAUGGCCGAGCAGGGGAUGACCAUGGGACAGGGGUUUGCUGAGAGGGGCAUGGAAAUGGGUCUGAGACUGGCAGAGAGGAGGAUGGAGAUGGAGGAGAGGCUGGGCCGAGAUGGGGACAGGCGGUGGGAUCGUGACUGGUACCAGGACAGACAAUGGAAUCAGGACUGGGACCAGAACAGAAGGUGGGAUCAGGACUGGGAUCGUUACAACCAGAACAACAGAGGCAACUACGACACCAGAAAUGGUCAGUUCAUCCAGAGGCAAAUGCCCAUCCAGAGUGUGUUCUUCUUUAAAGCAGAUAAAUACUACAGAGUGGACCUCAGAACCAAGAGAGUUGAUCCCGCUAUGCCUCCAUACCCCAGAUCCAUUGCCAAGUACUGGCUCGGCUGUCCAGACACAACUGGAGCAGAGAAGAAGUAGUUUGACACAUUGUUCUGGUUGUGUGAGUCGUGUGAGUGUGAAAUAAUACGUAAUGCAUGAGUCAUUUUCACAGGUACUAUCUGUGCUGGUUGUGAAAAAUUCACCAAAUAUUUGCAGAGUAACUCAUAAAGAUCAGCCACCAGAGAAAGUCCAAACGGUCAAAGUUCAGAUGGCUGAUUUUCUGAGUGGCUAUCUUGUGUGUUUGCAGCGUCAGCUGAUGGAUUUUAUCAAACACGGCGGCACGCAAAACAGACUCAGUUCAGACAGUCACAGAUGGCAAAGAACUAACACUAUAGUCUGACUUCAAAGGACAAAAAAAGUGUACUAAAUGUUUUCUAAGUCAUGUUUUCCAUCUGCAACUUUAAUUUUAUUGAGUGAAUAAAUAACAAUAAACUGCAGAGAUGUUAUUAACAAUCA